GCGAUCUCUUCCCCUUGACUGGUCUGGAGAUCUCCACACUCCUCGUGAGGCCAUCUUUUGACAGGUCCCCUAUUCAACAGCCAUCUCCCUUUUCUCUCAUUACACUCCAAGAACUGUCCAUUAACUCGAUCAUCUUUGACUGUCGCAUUAGACACUGUACAUUGUUUCCACCUGCAUACGCUUUGACUGUUGGCUGGUCGAAGUACUAUUUAGCAGAUCAAACCCUCUCGCUCUUGGCUUUCGUUCUCGUCCUUUGCCGCUAUUCCACCGAGAGAUCAACGAACCCUCGUUCUUGCUCGAGAACGAUCAAGUAUGAUUACCAGCAACCGGCAGCUGAUGGUGCCUCCUGGCUUCCGGUUUCACCCGACCGAUGAGGAGCUCCUCUACUAUUACCUGAGGAAGAAGCUAGCCUACGAAGCCAUCGAUCUCGACAUCAUCGGGGACGUCGACCUCAACAAACUCGAACCAUGGGACCUCAAAGACAAGUGUAGAAUCGAAUCGGGGCCUCAAAAUGAGUGGUACUUCUUCUGCCGUAAGGACAAGAAAUACCCAACCGGCACACGAACCAACCGAGCGACGGCUGCCGGCUUCUGGAAGGCUACUGGGAGGGACAAGGCCAUACAUCUUGGCAACUCAAAGAGGAUUGGCAUGAGGAAAACCCUAGUAUUCUACACCGGACGAGCUCCUCAUGGCCGGAAGACAGAUUGGAUCAUGCAUGAGUAUCGCCUCGACCGAGAGACCUCAGAGGUUCAGGAAGAUGCAUGGGUUGUCUGCAAGGUUUUCCAGAAAAAGAGCCAUCCGACGCACAUCCUACCUGAAACAGUGGUCGAGGAAGACCAAUUCGAUUCCAGUGCAAGAAGCCCCCGUACGAUGGAGAGGAAGCAAAACUUUCAUCCGCCAUCCGACUUCUCCUUCAAUGUCUCGAUGCAUCUUCCCCAGCUACUAAGCUCUGAACCUUUUGUCUCUCCCCCAGUGCCUCCUGUUUCCAUGAGAUCGACGUUGGGCGGAUGUGUAACUCUUCCACAGGAGAGGUUGAAUUGGGAUUGGUCCAUCUUGGACAAGCUCCUCGCUUCCCACCAAAACCUGGAUCAGAUCUUACAAAGCAAGAGCAACCCCCCAACCCAGUUCCGGUGAAGUUUUUUUCCAAGGUUAAUGACGCUCCUUCAAUCGAGUAGGAUUGCCAUUAAGCCUACGAUGUCCGGGAUUCGAAUGUACAUAGAUCGGGUGUUGUUUAGUCUACGAUCAUUUCAUGGGUUUGCUUGGUCUCACCUGCAUAUCCGCUGCUGGAAAUGGACAUGUACUGUUUGUUUAUUGUAUUUCUCCGCAGUCCAUGCUCAGGACAGAGCAGCGGGCCCUGUCCAGGCUUCGAGAAAGUGCAAGAGACAGCCCAAUUCUUGCUCGACCGAGCCAAUUCG